CUCUCCAGUUGCUGUCUCAAGCCCGCUUAAUCCACGUGACGCAGCCACACUGGAAUUUUCGGCCCUACCUUGCCCCAUUUUCAAAAGCCCACACCAAAUAUUUGAUUCGAAACCAUCAUUGACGAAACCUCAAACACCCACCACGACUCGGGAUCGCGACAACAACGUCAAAAUGCCGAGCCAUAAGACUUUCCGCACCAAGCAGAAGCUUGCCAAAGCGCAGAAGGCGAACAGGCCCAUUCCCCAAUGGAUUCGUCUCCGCACCAACAACACGAUUAGAUACAACGCUAAGCGGAGACAUUGGCGCAAGACUCGUCUCGGAAUCUAAAUGGAUUCCUAUCCCGUCGACCCCGAAACUACGAGCUUCCCUUUUCACUUACUCCGCUCGCAAUA